AUGAAGCAAUAUCUGCAGUACCUGGCGGCGGCGCUGCCCCUGAUGGGCCAGGCGGCGGGCCAGCAGGUGGGCAAGGAGCAGAGCGAGACGCACCCCAAGAUGUCGUGGAAGAAGUGCACGGGGUCGGCGUCGUGCUCGACGGUCAGCGCCGAGGUGGUCAUCGACGCCAACUGGCGGUGGCUGCACACGUCGGGCACGACCAAGAACUGCUACGACGGCAACAAGUGGACCAGCGCGUGCACGUCGAGCACCGACUGCGCCGAUAAGUGCGCCCUCGAGGGCGCCACGUACCAGAAGACGUACGGCGCCUCUACCAGCGGCGACGCCCUCACACUCAAGUUCCUGACUAAGGGCGACUACGGCACCAACAUCGGCUCGCGCUUCUACCUGAUGAACGGCGCCUCCAAGUACCAGAUGUUCACCCUCAUGAACAACGAGUUCACCUUUGACGUCGACCUGUCCAAGGUCGACUGCGGCCUCAAUGCGGCUCUGUACUUUGUCGCCAUGGAAGAGGACGGCGGCAUGGCCAAGUACUCGACCAACAAGGCCGGCGCCAAGUACGGCACAGGCUACUGCGACGGCCAGUGCGCGCGCGACCUCAAGUUUGUCGGCGGCAAGGCCAACUUUGACGGCUGGAAGGCGUCGUCCAACGACCCCAAUGCCGGCGUGGGGCCGUACGGAGCGUGCUGUGCCGAGAUUGACGUCUGGGAGUCCAACGCGUACUCGUUCGCCUUCACGCCGCACGCGUGCGUCGACAACAAGUACCACGUGUGCGAGACGACGGGCUGCGGCGGCACGUACUCGGACGACCGCUUCUCGGGCGACUGCGACGCCAACGGCUGCGACUACAACCCGUACCGCAUGGGCAACACCGACUUUUACGGGAAAGGAAAGACGGUCGACACGACUAAGAAGUUUACCGUCGUGUCGCGCUUCGAAAAGAACAAGCUCACGCAGUUCAUGGUGCAGGGGGGCAAGAAGAUUGAGAUCCCGGCCCCCAAGAUCGACGGGGUGCCGUCGGGCAGCAGCGCCAUCACGCCCGAGUUCUGCGAGGCGCAGCCCAAGGCGUUUGGUGACCGUAACCGCUUCGCCGAGGUCGGCGGCUUCGACCAGCUCAACCAGGCCCUGUCCGUGCCCAUGGUGCUCGUCAUGUCGCUGUGGGACGACCACUACGCCAACAUGCUGUGGCUCGACUCCACCUACCCCCCCGACAAGGCCGGCCAGCCCGGCGCCGCCCGCGGCGAGUGCGCCCAGGACUCGGGCGUGCCCGCCGACGUCGAGUCAAAGUCGGCCAACGCCCAGGUCAUCUACUCCAACAUCCGCUUCGGCCCCGUCGGCUCGACCGUCGCCGUCUAAUAAGGUGGCCGUCUAUCCAGGCACCCGUCUUCUCUCUGUGUCGGCAUGUACCGUGCUAGCCUGUGGACGCUGCCAUCCACUAACGAAGCAGCACGGUACAAGUAAAGAUACACAGGGCGACUAGGCGGUGUGUGGCGUGUGGUGUUGUCGUCAUGUUCGAUUCAGUAGUAAAUAUGCAGUGUCUACCUUAGUCAGUGUGUCAGAAAAUAGUAGUAGCAGCAGUAGUAGUUGUUGUUGUAUAUACGCUAUACAGUCCACUCAUUGCCAUUUCGUGUCAUUCGCUUUUGUACUCAUUCGCUUUUGUACCCAUUCGCU